AUGUUAUUUACCUGCGUUUUCGCGACUUCCCUUCUCGCCCUUGUGGCGUCAGCUGGAAACGAGUACCUCCCACCAACAAAGGGGUAUAACUACCCACGACCGGAUAUACCAUUCCCCACCACCAUUAUUAACAGGCCAACUCCGCCACCAUUCCGACCAACGCCACCUCCUGUAAGACCCACGCCGCCACCACAAAGGCCUACACCACCACCUCAGAGGCCCACCUACAUACCACCAGGACCCACUCCCGGACCAUCUCCAACUCCUCAUGAGGUAAGCCUUUUAGCUUAA